AUGGAUGUCGUCGUUCGAGAGGACUCUGCACCAUCGAAAGCUCCAUCGGAAUACAGGUUUCCAAAAGCGCCAUUGGACAUCGCGCAGGCAUUACAAAAACACACGAGGGGGCAGUACCUGCCUUGCCGAUCGAGGAUCAUUCAAUGGCUCUUCCACGAUCUGUGCCUCUAUGACCUGUACCCGGAUAAGCUCUAUGCCGAGGCCGCAAGGAGCCUCGUGGAAAACUUCCCAACUCUGAAGGACACCACAGGAUCUGGAUUUGACUCCUGGCGCGUUGCCAUGCGAUAUAAAGCAAAACGUGAACGGUCAAAGCUGCGGAUCCAGGACAACACUGAAAACCAGGCUUCACCGCGGAAGCAGCCGCGGGCAUCGAGGGACCCUAAGCCAAAGCGGGUGACAAGGCCCGGAACAUAG